AGUGCAGCGCAGAAGCUCUUCUGUUCUGCUCUCGGCGGAGAAGAUGAUGGUGACUCUGCUGAAACGAGACCGCGACUCAUAAAUCCACAACAAAUCGUGUCGUGCCUGUGAUAUUCCGCGCCACCGAGAAUCCGUAAACCCGAAGAGACUCCCCAACAGAUCGAGAGAAAGGGGCCCGAGUUCACAAUGACCAACGAGGAACCUUUGCCCAAGAAGGUUCGCCUCAGUGAAUCUGACAUGAAGACCUUGACCAGAGAAGAGUUGUGUACAAGGUGGAAGCAGCACGAUGCAUACGUCCAGGUCCUGGAGGCUAAAUAUGCAGAGCUGUGUUCCAAUGAUGUGCCAGGACUGAAGGAGUCGGAGGAAAAGCUCAAGCAGCAGCAGCAGGAGUCUGCACGCCGGGAGAACAUUUUGGUCAUGCGACUUGCCACCAAGGAGCAGGAAAUGCAAGAGUGCACGACUCAGAUUCAGUACCUCAAGCAAGUCCAGCAGCCGAGUGCGGCCCAACUGCGGUCAUCCAUGGUGGACCCAUCCAUCAACUUGUUUUUCCUCAAAAUGAAGGCUGAACUGGAACAGACUAAAGACAAACUGGAGCAGGCCCAAAAUGAACUGAGUGCCUGGAAAUUUACACCUGAUAGCCAAACAGGGAAGAAACUGAUGGCCAAAUGUCGAAUGCUGAUUCAGGAAAACCAGGAGUUGGGACGGCAGCUGUCCCAGGGACGCAUCGCCCAACUGGAAGCUGAGCUGGCCCUGCAAAAAAAGUACAGUGAAGAGCUCAAGAGCAGCCAGGACGAACUGAAUGACUUUAUCAUCCAGCUCGAUGAGGAGGUGGAAGGAAUGCAGAGCACCAUCCUUGUCCUGCAGCAGCAGCUGAAAGAGUCGCGCCAGCAGCUCUCUCAGUCCCAGGGGGCCUCGGCCGGAGCAGGACCCAGUAGGACUUCCCCAACGAACUCAUCUGGUGAACCAUCCACUCAAGCAGAGCAGGCCGGCGCUCCCUCCGAACCAAUGGGCAAAGACUACGGGAGGGUGUCCAACGGUCCAAGCAACGGCAAUUCGUCCCAGAGGAGCGAGACCACCACGCCCAGCCUGUACCGGGAGGUAAGCAGCACCGAGGAAGACUUCCCAAUGUCCCCCGUGGUCUCCAGCCCCGGUGAAACUGAGACCAAACUCUCCAACCACUCAGAGGAGGUGCCAGGGAGUCGGACUGCUUCCAGGAGAGCUGGAGGACCCGUGGGUUUCGGGAGCCAGCUGAGUGCAGGGUAUGAGAGUGUGGACUCUCCGACAGGCAGCGAGACAUCAUUGACUCAGCACUCGAAUGACACGGACUCCACCACCGAUCCCCACGAGGACAAGGCUGCCCUGGUGACCAAGGGCGGUAGGACUGCAGGGUCACGGCACGCUCACAAUGGCCUGGACUCCAGCACAAGCGAUGGUGCAGUCUUGUAAUGUACUUUACCAUGUACUGUCAUUUAUUUUUUUUUUAUUUUUAUUUUUUUUUAAUAUACAAUAUACAAAACAAGGCAACAAAUUAGUAGUCUGUAACAGCACUGCUGUCCAAGAAGUUUUUUCACAUCGUCCCCUUGAGUAUCGUGAUGGCUUUGUCACAUUUGUGUUGCUUAACAGGAAUAUAACAGGAAAGGAUUAAUGUUAGACAAGAAAUGCGUUGAUGUAUGAUUUAACACUAGUAUGUUUCACUGAUGUUCAUUUGAGCAAGUCUAUAAUGUUUGUUUGAGCUCUUGACACUGAAAUCAGGCAUCUGGUGUUGUAACCCAUUGUAAGGUUGUUUGGAUUACAGUAGACUCACUUCAAGGUCAUUUUUAGAUGUUCACCUGUGGGUUUUUUUUCUUUUAAAUACAAUUUUUAUUUUUAAUUUGGCAAAGAUUUCUGUUUGAAACAUUCUGCUGAAAUGUGAGUUUUUCUUUUGAAAUGUUCAUAUUCUGAUUUCAGCCCUUUUCAUGUACUGACCAAAUAUCAAUAAAAAUUUCUAAUACCACA